UGGAAGGUGACAGGCUGAGCGGCGACUGCUGGGCGGGGCUAUAGAGCGGAGCUGGCGGGAGUUGGUAGGCGCGGGAAGUCCAGAGCGGUGCCGAGAUGGUGCUGCAGAACAGCGGGAAGUAUAAAAGCGAACCCCGGGGUGACGGGGAAGGCCAGCAAGAUGAUACUUCAUCAAGUUCAGCUGCUAAGAGACUGGAGCGCAGCCAGUGGACGGAUAAGAUUGAUGCUCAGUAUGGGUUUGAGAGGAUUAAGGAGCCCGGAGAGAAAACAGGAUGGCUUCUUAACAUGCACCCGACAGAAAUUCUUGAUGAGGACAAACGUCUUGUCAGUGCUGUAGACUAUUACUUCAUACAGGAAGAUGGCAGCAGGUUCAAGGUUGCUUUACCAUACAAGCCGUAUUUCUAUGUGGCCACAAAAAAGGGAUGUGAAAGGGAAGUCUCAUCCUUUCUUUCCAAAAAGUUCCAAGGAAAGAUUGCAAAAUUGGAAACUAUGCCCAAGGAAGACUUGGAUUUGCCCAACCAUCUGGUGGGACUGAAAAGAAACUAUAUUAAGUUAUGUUUUCAUUCUGUGGAUGAUCUGAUAAAAGUUAGGAAAGAGAUCUCCCCAGCUGUGCGAAAGAACAAGGAGCGGGAUCAUGCCAGCGACACAUACACUGCUAUGCUUUCCAGUGCUUUGACUGGAAACAGUAUGGCUCCUGAAGAGGAAGGUCCCUCUAAAAAGAUAUCAGAUCAGAUGGAGAAUAUAAUUGAUAUGCGAGAAUAUGAUGUCCCAUACCAUGUCCGGCUUUCUAUCGAUCUUAAAAUACAUGUGGCUCACUGGUAUAACAUUAGAUACCGUGGAAGCAGUAUACCCCCAGAGAUCAUAAGACGUGAUGAUCUUGUGGAAAGGCCGGAUCCAGUGGUUUUAGCUUUUGAUAUUGAAACCACAAAAUUGCCACUGAAGUUUCCAGAUGCUGAAACUGACCAGAUUAUGAUGAUCUCCUACAUGAUUGAUGGGCAGGGCUAUUUAAUUACAAACCGGGAGAUUGUGUCUGAAGACAUUGAAGAUUUUGAGUUUACCCCAAAGCCAGAAUAUGAAGGCCCUUUUUGUAUUUUUAAUGAGCCAGAUGAGGCACAUCUAAUCCAGCGUUGGUUUGAGCAUGUUCAGGAAACAAAGCCAAGUAUAAUUGUGACCUACAAUGGUGACUUCUUUGACUGGCCCUUUGUGGAAACUCGUGCCGCAGUUCAUGGAAUGAGCAUGCUGCAAGAGAUAGGCUUUCAGAAAGAUAAUCAAGGAGAGUACAAGUCGCCACCUUGUAUUCAUAUGGAUUGCCUCAGGUGGGUAAAGAGAGACAGUUAUCUACCUGUAGGUAGUCAUAACCUGAAGGCAGCUGCCAAGGCUAAGUUGGGCUAUGACCCAGUAGAGCUGGACCCAGAGGAGAUGUGUCGUAUGGCAACAGAAGAACCACAGGUGCUGGCCACAUACUCAGUAUCUGAUGCUGUUGCAACUUACUACAUGUACAUGAAGUAUGUUCAUCCAUUUAUCUUUGCUCUCUGUACCAUUAUCCCUAUGGAGCCGGAUGAGGUUUUAAGGAAAGGCUCUGGAACACUGUGUGAGGCUUUGCUGAUGGUUCAGGCUUAUCAUGCAAAUAUAAUCUUUCCUAACAAGCAAGAAGCAGUGUUCAAUAAACUGACCAAUGAUGGGCAUGUUUUGGAUUCGGAGACUUAUGUAGGUGGUCAUGUGGAAGCUUUGGAGUCUGGAGUUUUCCGCAGUGACAUUCCUUGCCGUUUCAAAAUGAACCCUGCUGCCUUUGACUUCCUACUGCCACGUGUUGAAAUGACACUUCGUCAUGCUAUAGAAGAGGAGGAGAAAAUCCCAAUGGAAGAAGUCACCAACUUUCAAGAGGUUUGCGAUGAAAUAAAAAAGAAAUUGAAUUCUUUAAAAGAAGUACCAAAUAGAAUUGAGUGUCCACUCAUUUACCAUCUGGAUGUGGGUGCAAUGUAUCCAAACAUUAUUCUCACAAAUCGUUUGCAGCCUUCAGCCAUGGUUGAUGAAGUGACUUGUGCAGCCUGUGACUUCAACAAGCCAGGAGCCACAUGCCAGCGCAAGAUGACAUGGCAAUGGAGGGGGGAGUUAAUGCCAGCCAGCCGCAGUGAGUAUCAUCGUAUACAGCAACAACUAGAAUCUGAGAAAUUUCCCCCACUCUUCCCUGGACAGCCCCCAAGAGCGUUUCAUGUACUGACAAGAGAGGAGCAGGCCAAAUAUGAGAAGAAGCGACUGGCAGAUUAUUGCAGAAAGGCUUACAAGAAGAUUCAUGUUACAAGACUGGAAGACCGUGUUACUACCAUAUGUCAGCGUGAGAAUUCUUUCUAUGUGGAUACUGUACGAGCCUUUAGAGAUCGUAGAUAUGAGUUCAAAGGUUUGCACAAGGUUUGGAAGAAAAAACUGUCUGCAGCAUGUGAAAGUGGAGAUGCUGCCGAGACGAAACGAUGCAAGAACAUGGAGAUUUUAUAUGAAUCCCUGCAGCUGGCUCACAAGUGCAUCCUGAACUCCUUUUAUGGAUAUGUAAUGCGCAAGGGAGCUCGCUGGUAUUCAAUGGAGAUGGCUGGUAUUGUAUGUUAUACAGGAGCCAACAUUAUCACUCAAGCAAGGGAGCUGAUUGAACAGAUAGGGAGGCCUCUGGAAUUGGACACAGAUGGAAUAUGGUGUGUUCUUCCAAAUAGUUUCCCUGAGAACUUUGUAAUCAAAUCCAACAAUGCAAAAAAGCCAAAAGUGACUAUAUCCUAUCCAGGUGCAAUGCUAAAUAUCUUGGUGAAGGAAGGCUUUACAAACCAUCAGUACCAGGAACUUGUUGACCCAUCGACACUAACAUACAUAACACGGGCUGAAAAUAGUAUCUUCUUUGAAGUGGAUGGGCCAUACCUUGCUAUGAUCCUUCCAGCAUCUAAGGAAGAAGGGAAGAAGUUGAAGAAAAGAUAUGCUGUGUUUAAUGAGGACGGCUCACUUGCUGAGCUUAAAGGAUUUGAAAUAAAGAGAAGAGGGGAAUUACAGCUAAUCAAGAUUUUCCAAUCUUCUGUGUUUGAGGCUUUCCUGAAGGGAAGUACACUGGAGGAGGUCUAUGCAUCUGUAGCCAAAGUGGCAGAUUACUGGCUGGAUGUGCUUUACAGCAAGGCGGCUAAUAUGCCAGAUUCCGAGCUGUUUGAAUUGAUCUCUGAAAACCGUUCUAUGUCUAGACGACUUGAGGAUUAUGGGGAGCAAAAAUCUACAUCCAUUAGCACUGCCAAACGACUGGCUGAGUUUCUAGGUGAUCAAAUGGUUAAAGAUGCUGGACUUAGUUGCCGAUAUGUCAUAUCUCGCAAGCCUGAGGGAUCCCCAGUUACAGAGAGAGCUAUUCCUCUGGCAAUUUUUCAAGCAGAGUUGGGAGUAAAGCGACAUUAUCUACGCAAGUGGCUGAAAAACCCCUCUCUACAAGAUUUAGACAUACGCUCGAUUCUAGACUGGGAUUACUACAUAGAGCGGCUGGGUAGUGCUAUUCAAAAAAUCAUUACGAUUCCAGCAGCAUUACAGCAGGUAAAGAAUCCAGUCCCCCGUGUAAGGCAUCCAGACUGGCUGCAUAAGAAGUUGCUUGAGAAGAAUGAUAUCUACAAACAGAAAAGAAUCAAUGAACUCUUCACUAGUGAGGGAAAAAAACAAGUCUCUGCUCAACUGCAGCAGCCAGAUUCCUCACAGACUGCAGAUAUUGAGGACAUUGGUCUAGGGAAACGUCUGCAACCUGCUAUUCCUAUUAGCACAAAGAGAAAACGUGUACCGACAGCGGAGGAGAGUCAAGCUGAAUCACAAGAUGUAGCACUUACACAGUCUUGGAGGGAGGUCUUGGGUCCACCACCUCCUCUGGGCACCACAAAGGAAGAAAGGCUUCUCUGGUUGCGUUAUCACAAGAAAAAAUGGGAGAUACAAGCACGGCAGCGCAAAGAAAGACAGAAGAAACGGAGAUUAGACGAUGGAGAUGCAGUUCCUGGAGCAGGGGGUGUAGUUCGUGAAACCCAAGCAGUUGGGUUAGGCAGUUUCCUGCGUCGAACGGCUCGCAGCAUCCUUGACAUGCCCUGGCAGAUUGUGCAGAUUGGGGAAAGCAGUCAACCAGGUAUCUUUCGCCUAUGGGCAGUAAUUGGCAGCGACUUGCACUGCAUUAAGCUCAACAUUCCUCGUCUUUUCUAUGUCAAUCAGAGAGUGCCCAAAACAGAGGACUCAGUGGUGUACAAAAAGGUGAAUAGAAUCUUGCCCCGCUCCAACCCAGUAUAUAAUUUAUAUGAAUAUUCUGUACCAGAGGACAUGUACCAGGAGCACAUCAAUGAGAUUAAUGCUGAUCUGUCUGCUCCAGACAUCGAAGGAGUGUAUGAAACACAAGUUCCUCUACUGUUGCGAGCUGUGAUCCAACUUGGUUGUGUAUGCAUGGUGAACAAACAGAUGGUUCGCCACUUGUCUGGUAGAGAAGCUGACACUUUUGAAUUGGACCAUUUGGAAAUGAAGUCUUUAGCCCAGUACAGUUACUUGGAGCCAGGUAGUAUCCGACAUAUUUACUUGUACCACAAUUGUCAGGGCAACAAGGCUCUGUUUGGUCUGUUUAUACCAUCGCAAAGAAAAUCUGCAGUAUUCGUGGUUGACACAGUUCGCAGUAACCAGAUGCCAAACCUUAGUAGUAUGUAUACAAGUGAACACACUGCGAUGCAGGAAAGGGUUGACCCUGAGCUUUUGCCCCCUGAGAAACACAUGUUUGAAGUUCGAGCAGAGACUGAUUUAAAAACAGUGUAUCGAGCCAUUCAAAGGCUUCUACUGAGUUACAAGGAUGAGAGACGUGGUCCAACUCUAAUUGCAUUGCAGUCUAACUGGUCCCCGAAGAGGUUAACAAGCGGGAUGCCUGUUUUAGAGGAAUUCCCUCUUGUCCCUGUACGUGUCACAGAUGAUAUUAGCUAUAAUGUCCUGGACUGGCAGCGACACGGGGCCCGCCGCAUGAUCCGUCACUAUCUUAAUUUGGACAGCUGUCUUUCUCAGGCAUUUGAGAUGGCCAGGUACUACCACCUUCCUGUUGGCAACUUGCCUGAUGAUGUAUCCACAUUUGGGUCAGACCUGUUCUUCGCAAGGCAUCUUCGGCGGCAUAAUCACCUUGUUUGGCUAUCGCCAAGCUCUCGACCUGACCUUGGAGGCAAAGAAGCAGAUGAUAACAGACUAGUUAUGGAGUUUGAUGAGAGGGCAUCUGUGGAAAUCAACAAUCCUAGCUGUUACAAUACGGUGUGUGUAGAGCUUGAUAUUCAGAGCCUGGCUGUCAAUAGUAUCCUGCAGUCACACCACAUUAAUGACCUGGAAGGGGCUGGUAGCAUUGGCAUCAGUUUUGAUGUGUUACAACAAGCAUCCCUUGAGGACAUGGUUACUGGGAAUCAGGCCAGUGCUGUGGCCAGUUAUGAUGAGACUGCCCUUUGCUCUAACACUUUCAGGAUUUUGAAGAGUAUGGUUGUAGGCUGGGUAAAGGAAAUCACUCAGUACCACAAUGUGUACGCAGAUAACCAAGUUAUGCACUUCUACCGGUGGCUACGGAGCCCGUCAUCUCUGCUUUAUGACCCCGCUCUUCAUCGAACCCUCCACAACAUGAUGAAAAAGCUGUUUUUACAAUUGGUAGCUGAAUUUAAACGGCUUGGCUCCUCUGUUGUGUAUGCUAACUUUAAUCGCAUCAUCCUCUGCACUAAGAAACGGCGAGUGGAAGAUGCCAUUGCUUAUGUGGAAUACAUUACCCAGAGUAUACACACAAAGGAGAUAUUUCACUCUCUUACAAUCUCCUUUUCACGCUGUUGGGAAUUUCUGCUUUGGAUGGACCCUGCGAACUAUGGAGGGAUCAAGGGAAAACUACCUUCUAGUGUUCACUAUGGGGAGAGUGGUAAGAAGAAGAAAUCGGAGGAUGAUGAAGGGGAUGAAAGUGAAGAUGGUGAUGAGGAAGAUGAUGCAGAUGGUCACUCAGACAGUGAACAGCCAGAGGAACAGGUGGAAGAAAGCUUGGAGAACAACUGGAACAUAGUUCAGUAUUUACCUCAGGCAGCGUCAUGUCAGAGCUAUUUCCUGAUGAUUGUCUCUGCAUAUAUUGUGGCUGUUUAUCAUAGUAUGCAAGAAGAGUUGAGACGUAAUGCGCCUGGAAACACACCAAUAAAACGACGGCAGAACAGCCAAGUAUCACAGGAGACAGUGGGUGAAGCUGGGUCAUUGCCUGGACUCAUCACCUUUUCUCAGGAUUAUGUAGCCAAUGAGCUUACACAAAACUUCUUUACAAUCACACAAAAAAUACAAAAAAAAGUGACUGGGGCACGUCAUGUAACAGAGCCUUCUGAAAUGUUCCCCAUUUUACCUGGAUCCCAUCUACCCCUCAACAAUCCGGCCUUAGAAUUUAUCAAAUAUGUUUGUCAGGUUCUCUCUCUGGAUUCAAACAUAACCAACCAGGUUAACAAAUUAAAGAGGGAUCUUUUACGCCUAAUUGAUGUUGGGGAAUUCUCAGAAGAUGCCCAGUUUAAAGAUCCGUGCCGCUCCUAUAUACUUCCAGAAAUCAUCUGCAGAAGCUGUAAUUUCUGCAGGGACCUGGACUUGUGCAAAGACCCUUCUCUCAGUCAGGAUGGUUCUGUGCUGCCACAGUGGGUUUGCUCUAACUGCCAGGCUGAAUAUGACACAGACAGUAUAGAAAUGUCCUUAGUGGAAGCACUGCAGAAGAAGAUGAUGGCGUUCAUGCUACAAGAUUUGAUUUGCUUGAAGUGUAAAGGAGUAAAAGAAGCAAACAUGCCAGUGUACUGCAGCUGUGCCGGAGACUUUAGCCUAACUCUUUCAGUGAAGGCUCUCAUGGAGCAAGUAGAUGCAUUCCGGAAUAUUGCUCAACAUUACCAGAUGUCUCAUCUUUUGGAGACUAUAAACUGGCUUGUCCAACAAAAUUCUCAUCUGACCCUGUGACUCCAUGCAGUAUUGAAGGCCCCAAUCUGUUAAAGGGGAGCCUGGUCAGCAUCUGACCCCACUUCUUAUUUGCUUUGUAUAGAUUGUAACUUUAAAAUAAAUGUUGUAUGAAAACA